AUGGCUGACACUGUGAAUGAAGACGGCUUCAGGUUUGGAAUGUCUGCAACUGGAAGAGAUACAGCUGCUGCUACCACAACAAGACCACGUGAUGAAGAAUAUAAUCCUCUCAACAACUGGCCUUUGUUUGGCCACUUGCAUACGGUCCACCCUAACCCUGUGAUUAGUCCUUACAGCUGGCAUCACGUGGAUUGUGUGCCUCCAGGUCCUGCCCAACCAAACCUUGGUUACACUUACAAUCCUCUUUCUUCAGCCCCUGAAAUGUACAGCUACAUUAACCAUCUAAGUAGCAAUGAAGAAUUGCCUCCGGAAGAAAUUCAGGCCAUUCUUGGCCAGUCUCUUGGCGUCAGUGUUGAUGCAUUGCCACAAGCCAAGGAUUGUGUUGCCGAUUCAUCAUCAUUUCGUUGUAGCAAGACAGCCAUUGGGAGUGAGCGGAAGUCUGCUGAGGCCAGUCGAGCCCAACGCCUUAAAAUAGAACGGGAGGAAUUCAUAAAUGCCAUUCCUGAUAAGCCCUAUGGUCCAUUCAUGUACUCCAGACUUCUGGAGAGUCCAAGUACUUUUGAAGAGCAAAGUGCCACUAUGUCAUCGUCGUCUUCAUCCUUAAGACCCACUUAUUCUGAGGUAGCUAAGCUGUCAAAAGAGAAGAAAGUUGUCAAUAGUCGCACUGCAUCUCCUAAAGAUGAUAUAGAGAACUUUCAGAAGAAGAUGUCACCUCAUGACAACUUGAUAAAAUCUCCUUCUCACAAGCCAAGGCGUGUGAAUUCUAACCAUAAAAAACAGAAGAAUAUUUCGGCUUCUAUCAUGAGCCACAGUGUGCCAGUUGUCUCCCCAGACUCUAAGUAUGGUUUGGAUAAAUUUGAGCAGACUGAUAUCAAAAAGGAAGAUUGCUCCCAGGGUGUUAACAAUGCAUCUCUUUAUGGUUUUUCUGACGGUAACAUACCAGUAUCGAUGUCUGGCAUGUCUAAUAAGAUGAAAAAUCAAGAUCGGGGAUCUAACCAUAGGCAUCAUUCCAGAUUUCUCUUUGGUAUUGAGCGUGCUACUUUAGAUGAUUAUGGCAAGGUUGUCAAGUCUAAGCUACGAUGGUUGAUUCAUCAACUCUGGAUGAUGACUGUUACUUCUGUGGUAUUAGUCCUAGCCAUUGUGACUGGUCUUGUGCAUUUGAUGAUUUUGGUUGGGUCUAAGGUCUGGAAUGUAUUUGUGUCUAGAAUUUGGAAGAAGUACUCUCGGGCAUGGAAAUGGAAAAAAGGUGAUGACAAAACUAGCCGCAAAAUUGGUCUUGAUGAAAACAUUAAACUUCCUAGUACUGGUGAAGAAGCUAUGCAACGUUUAUUGAGUUGUCGUGGAAAGGAUCCCUAUAGUAUCUUAGGCUUGAGAGCUGAUUCCACUGAUGAAGAUAUUAAGAAAUAUUACAAGAAACAGGCUAUAUUGGUGCAUCCAGAUAAGAAUUCUCAAACUGGGGCUGAGGAAGCAUUUAAAAUUCUUCGCCAUGCCUUUGAAAUGAUUGGAGAACCGGAAAAACGAGUGAAAUAUGACGCACAGAUGCAACAGUCAGAUCAAGCAAUGAGAGAGUUUGCUGACCUCUUGAAUAAAUUAAAGGAAAGGUUUAAACAGGAAGCCAACAUGAUGAAAUGUGACCAGUGUGGUGGGAAGCAUCAACGUAUUCCUGUGGAUAAGCCCUGGUAUAGUGCACGUUACUGUGAUAAAUGUAAUAUAAACCAUCCUGCCAAGGAGGGUGAUGUCUGGGCCCAGACUUCCAUGUUGGGAUUUUUGUGGCACUAUUAUGCAUGUAUGGAUGGUCACGUGUAUGACAUUACAGAAUGGGUUUCUUGCCGUAAAGGACUUUUUAAACAUCUAAAAUCCAAUUCUCAUCAGGUUUUCUAUCGAAUUGAAACUGACACAGAUCGAGGUGGUUCUCACCGAACUGGGGAGGCCGAUCUGGAUGGAUUUAUAAAUCAGCUUUUGAAUCAAGCUCGCCAGUCGGAUCCCUCCAAUAGCACGUCAUCUACGUCAUCUCACAAUAACAACAGCAUUAUUGCCUGUCUAUUUUCAUCAGGGCUACUUUCUUUCUUCUCAUCUUUCGCUUCCAUUGUGUCCCUUUGUUUUCUUUGA